UCUUCGGUCAAUUGUCUGUCGGUUAAGUGGUGCUAUAGAAAAAGUGAAACUUUUAGUUAAAUUUUGCAAUAAACUUCUGCGGAAAUACUCGAUUUCAGAAAUUUUUUGUCAAAAUCAAGCUGUAUAGUGUUCCAUUGGAUUUACAUUGGCCCAAAUAGUGUGAAAAAAUGUCUCACCAAACCGGAAUUAAAGCAAACGCAGAACUGCUCAAAUUUUUUGGAAAAUGCAAGGACGGAAAAACGCGAGUUUUAAAAGUUUCUAUUGAAAAUGAGGAACUCACUCUAGUUGAUCACAAGGGUGUGAAAAAGGAUUGGGAGAAAGACUACGAUGCACUCGUAAAACCACUGAUUGAAGAUGAAAUCCCCUGUUAUAUUCUGUACCGACUUGAUUACAAAAUACCAACUGGCUACGCCUGGUUGUUGCUGAGUUGGGUACCGGAAGCUGCCACAGUGAGACAGAAAAUGUUGUAUGCUUCCACAAAAGCUACGCUAAAGCUGGAGUUUGGGUCCGGGCACAUCAAGGAAGAGCUGAACGCGACUAGCAAAGAUGAAACGACACUACAUGGAUAUCAAAAACACAAAAUUGAUUUCAGUUCUCCUGCUCCGCUGACUAGUCGUGAAGAAGAAUUGGCAGAAAUAAGAAAAAGUGAAGUAAAGACAGAAUUUGCCAUUGACACCAAGCAACAGACACUCGGCGGAAUUAAUUGUCCAAUAUCGGAUCCAACUGCUCAAGCUUUGCACGAUAUGCGAAGAGGUUUAUAUAACUAUCUACAAUUUCGAAUUGAUUUGGAAGAAGAAAAAAUUCACCUAGUUAAUGCGGUUAACAUUGAUCUCUUAAAGCUGCCAGCUCAAAUCCCAACAGAUCAUGCCCGUUAUCAUCUGUAUCUCUUCAAACAUCUACAUGAGGAAAAUCAUCUAGAUAGUAUGGUUUUCAUCUAUUCUAUGCCAGGCUAUAGCUGUUCUAUUCGCGAACGAAUGAUGUACUCAAGCUGCAAAGGUCCAUUUUCUGCCACCAUUGAGAAACACGGCAUCGAAAUAGCUAAGAAAUUGGAAAUUGACAGUGGUACGGAGCUAACAGAGGAGUUCUUGUAUGAGGAAUUACAUCCGAGAAAACUCAAUUUGCGUCCUCAGUUUUCUAAGCCUAAGGGACCGCCAAGUCGAGGUGCAAAGAGGCUGACCAAGCCGCAGACAGUUGAGUAAAUGGACAACCGAUAUGUGAUCCAUCCGGGCCCGUCCAACCGGAAGAGAAGUGCAAGUUUUUAUAGUAACAGCUUUUUACACAGAAAUGAUUUGAACUGCUUUGAUAACUGAACACGUGUCGGAAUCGAUGCAAGAAACUAGUAAUUGGACUUUUCUUAUUUCAAGGGUAUUUGGUUUAGAAAGUAAUUAUUAACCUAUGUCUGGAAAGAAAUGAAUGUAGGGCAUGUUUUAUGUGCUCUCUGAAUAGCAGACGUCAUUAUUCUAAAAAAAUCUAAUUUGUACCAAUAUUGCAUUGAUUUUUGUAUUCCACCUUAGGGACUUCUUUGUUAACUAGUCUCGGACAAAGCAGCACAGAUUGACUGUAUUCGUUUUCGAUCUCUAAUGAAACAAGCUUGAUAAAUAUCAACCUAAAGCGAGAGUGUUGUUUGGUUGUUCACCUAUCACUAUAACAUACCGUACAUAUUUUACACCUAAUCCUAUGUUCAAUGAGAUUGCGAGGCUGAUAAUCACAAUAAUCCAUCGAAACGAUUAUAUACGCGGUCCUUACAUAAACAGUUGAUUUGCACUUUAGGCUUCCUUUCACAAAUUAUUAUAUGUGAUAUCUUUCUACAAAGGUUUGGCGUUUUCUUCGGAGCUGACUGUCAUAGCAUAGAAUAUGAACACGUAUGAUGACUGGUUUGCUAGAACACCGUCAUUGCAUGAAGCCUGGCAGGUUCUCCGCAGAAAAAAGCAUAUGCUUACUGCCAAGCAACUUUACAGACAAAAAUUGUAGUGUAUGGGCCGCUAAACAAAAUCACUCCAACAGUCAUUAAAGAAGAUCGCAUUAACUAACAUCUUACAGCCCAACAUAUAAGAGAACACAAGUUCCAAGUGGUCAUAUUGCAUUCUGAAAAUUUUGAUGGAAUGAAACGAUCGAACAUGCAAGAAUUUUAAAUGAGUAGCAUUUUAAAUGAAUUUGAAUUUGCCUGUAGUGAUAUAAAAUUAGCAUAUAAAUCGACGAAAACACAACAGAAUUAGAAUAAACAGUAUAUCUUGUAAUAUUCUUUAUACAGCAAAGAAUAAA